AGUAGUGAAUCGAACGAUAAUUAUGCUUCAUAUUUAUUUUUAUGUACGUCGUUAUUUGCCAGGUGUAUGAGCGCCAUCUCGAGGGCAGGUGAUAAAUUGAAUUCAAGUGUCCGAAAUGUCUGUAAAUAGCGUGUUCAGCUUUUCCACUUUAAAACCAGGGAAUUGUUUUUAAAACUUCGAAAUCGUUAAUGAAUAUAUUUAUACGUGGUUUCUGAAAUGGUUGUGUUCACUAAAAAAGACUUUAUUUUGUGUUUUAUGAGUGUUUUAAGGAUACUCCCAACUCUCGACGCCCAGUGGUAUAGCCCAAGGACGCCAGAUCCUGACGAACGCUUUCAGUAUGGUAGUCGUGACCGUUACAGAUAUGAUAGGUACGGGCAAGGAAGUCAGACGUCACACUCUGACCGACAUAGUUCAAACUAUAACAGUCAAAGCGCACCUCGGAACUUAAAUAUUGAAGUUGGAGACAAACGUUGUCCAGAAGCAGUAACGUAUAAUUUAAAAACUACAGCAAAAGUUACUUUAUGGACCGAAACAGAAAUCGAAGGUAUUUAUGUGUAUUUGUGCGACGGGCCUGGAGUGCCCGAGCAAGAUAGGCCACCAGGAGACACGUUCAGACCACUUACAAAGUUUUAUAGUAAUAUCACUGCUUUCUUGGGGAUACCAUAUGCUGAACCUCCCACUAAACAGAAAGGAUUACGUUUCAAGGACCCUCGGCCUCCAUUCAAUACAAGGCUAAUUCAAGCAACAAAAUACAAAUCAUCUUGUCCACAGCACGUUGAGUACUAUGGCAUUGAUAAGGGCAUUGAUCUGGUGGAAGAAGACUGUCUCUAUCUCAAUGUCUUCUCCCCCUAUGUUGAAACAGAGUUUCAACGUUAUGACCAAAAAUAUCCUGUCAUGGUAUACAUUCAUGGAGGAGACUGGGACCAUGGUAGUGCAAGCACAUUCCCUGCACAUAUGUUGGUAGCUUCACAAGAAGUGGUAGUUGUCACCCUGAACUACCGACUAGGACCUCUAGGCUUCUUAGCAACAGCAGGUAAUGCUUCAGCUGGAAACUAUGGAAUGUUGGAUCAGGUUCUAGCAAUUCAGUGGGUGUAUGACUUUAUAACACACUUUAAUGGUGACAAGAACAGAAUUACUCUCUUUGGCCCUGGAGCAGGAGCAGCAAGUGCAGGACUCCAUGCAAUAUCUCCACGGACAAGAGCAAUGGUGAAAAGAGUAAUAGCACAAAGUGGGUCAGCUGUUGCUGACUGGGCUGUUAUUUUAGACCCUCUACACAUGAUCAAUAAUUCACAUAUACUUGGUGAAGCACUUGGCUGCCCCACAGAAUCUUCUUGGAAACUUGUGGACUGUGUACGAAGUCGGAGUGUCCCUGAUCUUGCCAUCACAAAUAUCAAGCCAAAGGUUGGCCGUUUAUCUUGGGGGCCUGUUAUUGAUAGGUACACUAGGAAUUAUGACCAGUGGUUCCUUCCUGACCCACCAGAGCUUCUACUACAGGAUGAUAAUUUCAAAUUCCCUGCUGACUUUAGUUACAUGGGGGGUGUAACAAGAGAUGAAGCAUCAGCUUUUUUGGUCAAUGACAAAGAUUUAAUACAUCGUAACUAUGAAAUAACACAGAAGGUGUUUCAAGAAAGGAUUCAAGAAUAUGGAAAGAUGUUUAAUUAUACACUUAAUCCAGAAGCUGUCUAUAAUGCUCUCUCUUUCAUGUAUACUCCAUGGAUGGAUCCCGAAAAUAACACUCUCCUUCGUGAGAGAUAUAUUGAUCUGCUGUCAGAUUCAUUCUUUGUAGCUCCAAAUGACAAAAUGCUGAAGCUAAUGCUACAGAAGGGUGUGGAAACUUAUAUGUAUGUGCUGAACUACACUUUUGAAGGUUUGGAAGAACUAAGACCAGAGUGGAUUGGUGUGCCCCAUGACACAGAGUAUCUGCUGAUUACUGGUGCUCCAUUUAUGGAUUACAACUUCUACCCCAGUUCUUUAAAGUUAUCAGAAGCUAAGUGGACACAAGCUGAUCGUAAUAUGAGUCGAUUUUUUAUGGAAGCAUGGGCCAACUUUGCUAGAGAUGGAAAACCAACACCAACAUAUUUCAAUACUAUUUCACCUUGGGAGCCUAUGACAUUAAAGAACCUGUGUUACUUGUCUGUAAAUACAACUAAUUUGACUAGUGUGAUGAUGAAGGACUACAGGCAGAAGCAAUCACAGUUUUGGAAUGAAUAUAUCCCUUCUGUUAUUGAAAAGAUUCUUCCUACAUGGCCACCAACUUUUCAACCAUAUGAAGAAGAGCUUCGUAUCUAUAGUGCUGCCCUCUGGGGAGUUGUAGGAGCUGUAGGGCUAUUCCUGAUAUUGACCCUACUUUGUUGUUGUCUCUACUGUAGAGCUAAAAGCAAACAUAUCGUAAAUGAAGAUGAUGAAAUUGGCACAACACAAACAUCAGGUCCUUACCCUUCAGAACUGGCCAUAGAUUUCAGGGUAAUGAAGAAAAACUACAAUGUCAAGUAUAAUCCAAAGAAUACUAUCUUGGCUGAUAACAACUGUGAUCGACAUACAGCCGUCUGAUUUUUACCUUAUCAUAAUAACUGUUUUGCUCCUAUGCAAUUAUCAGCAGUGGUAUCAUCCUACUGAUCUUUUGAUGAUUACUUCUGAUGUCUGAAGGUACACAAGGAUCAUCAAAUGUUUUUCAUGUUGUUAUAGAAUUUCUUUGUGUGUGUGUGUGUGUAGAGGUAACAUCCUUAUAAGUAUAUAUGUAUGAAUUGGAUGUACCAGAUACAGACCUAUCAUCUGUAGCAAACAAUAGAAUGUAUAUAACAUGGUUCUCAUCUCAAUGAUUGAUUGACAUUGGAUUUGUCUGAAUCAUUUGUCAGUGUUAAUAUAAAUAAAUCUGAUAAGGAAAUAUAAUUUUAAGGAGGUUGUGAACUUUUAUACUGCACUCAUAUUUCAACUGUAAUUUACUGAAAAUUAACAGUGUCAACUUUUCAAUCUAUUGUUCUAUAGUUUCAAAAAAGUCACUUUCCCUGCAGUUUAAAACUUUCUCAUUACUGCAUAAUUUGAUAAUUAAUUCUUGGCCUGUCAUAUGAUAACUGAA